UCGAACGAGGAAUUAAAUUUUGUUGAAGACUUGCGUGUAUUAUAUGUACAUAUCUAUGUAUAAAUACAAGUAUAAAGAAAUAUAUAAGGCUGUGUUCACCAUGGGUCAAACCGUGGCUUUUUUAUAUUCGUUAGGAUAUACUUAAAUAAUUCAAUGUAUUGAAUAAGUACACCAGUAAUUUCAAGUAGUAUGCGAUAUUUAUGUUGUAGGACAUUUUUUGCGUUUGUUUACUUUUGCUUUAUAACCUUCCAAAGUGGCUUAAAACGAAAGUGGAAUUUCUAUGUACACCAAGUAUACUUUUAAUUUUUGCGAUAAGCGUAUUUGUAUUAAACACUUUUAUCUAUAAAUGAAAUAAUGGAAUCUAAAUACCAAAAUAAUAUAUUAAAUAAAAAUUCAAACGAAAUUUCACCGUUAAAACUAUUACACAACAUUAAAGAUUAUUCUGAAAAAGAAAGUGUUACUUGUUCUUCUAAACCAUGUGUUUCAACCACAUCGGAUUUUAUAUCACCAUCAAAAAGUAGAAAUAAUUUCACAUCAAUAAACCAGGUAACUAAAUUGUUUAAAAAAUUGCAAAUACAAAGUAACAUAAAGUAUAACGAAGAAAAAGAUGAACAUCUUGCUGGAAAUAUAAUUAAUAUAAUUCAAACGCUUAACAUAGUAUUGGUAAAACCAAUUUCUCCUGACUAUCUUUUGUACUUUGGCACACCACUGUUUUUGAAUUGCACAAAUCCUGAAAUUUGUGGAACAAAAUAUAAAUUAUUGGGCUAUAUAGAUGAUAUAUUUGGAUCUAUCGGAGAUCCUAUGUACUCUAUAACUAUGAUGUACAAUCCAAAAGACAUAAUGAACAUUAAUACUCGAGUAUACUAUUUUCCAAAUAAUCCGAGUACUGAAGAAGAGACCUACAUAGUAUGUAGAACAUACAAGGGACGAGAUUUCCAAUAAAAGAAAGUAUAGCAUUACAACAAAGUAUUAACAAUAAGUGUUUAAUAUUUCAUUAAUAACAGAAAAUAAAUUAUUCUUCUGCAUAAAAUUACAUUAACACAUACUACUUAUUUAUCUCACCAGUUCCUGUUGUAAUACAACAAAACCGUGGGUAACGCUAAUGAAACUUUUAAUGAAAUAUUUCUAUAAAUAAUGAAUUUGUAAUUGUAUAAAUUUAUGCACACAUAGUUUACAGAAAAAUUAUAUAUUUAUCAUUCCUAGCACUCACAAUGAAAUAUUAAUAUUUAAACAUUCGAAAGCAUAAAUGAAUGACUUAAAUUAGACGUUUAGUAUUAAAUGAAAAAAACCAUUUAAUUUUGAAAAAAAUUUAUUAGACGUUCUAUUUUUAUUAUCGUACUAUUAUAUCUAACGAUAAUUUACGAAACCAUGUACGAUUACAUAUUUCAUAGAGGAAGUAAAUAAUUUCGAAACAUUAUUUCUAAAUUGAUACAGAGAUAAAUCAUUGUACGCAUAUGACAGCUAUAUGAACUUAGAACCACCGCACAUUAUGAUCAAUAACGAUUAUUAAUAAAAUGCUAGUACAUAUCCAGUAUCUACAUAGAACUGGUUUGCAGUACCGUUAGUCCAUGCUUCGUUGUCACAAGCACACAACUGUCUCGAAACUGUACUGUAGGUUUGUUGACACACCGUUUUCUUAUCGUAAUUUUUAAUAUUGUUCAUAAAUGACGAUCGUUCAAAAGUCUGUACUUAUUGUAAAACACUCAGGACUUCUUUUCUGACGUUUAGAACUUAAUUAGACUUUGAUUAAGUACGCAAAUAUACAGAGUUUCGAUCAUAUUCGAUCGAUCGCCACAUAUGCAGAAGUGAAUAGAAAUAUACAAAGCGAAAUAUAGUACAAUUAUGUCAAACGAAAAUAUUGAAAUUCCAAAUAAACGGAUAAUGACGACUUGUACCAAUGUAUCGGAGCAAGCACAUCACGUAUCAAGAGCAAAACGCGGGCAAGCAGUGGGCAGCGUGAGAGGUUUUCGCGGAUGUACCGUUUGGUUAACAGGUCUUUCCGGUGCAGGAAAAACUUCUAUAGCUUUCCAAGUUGAAGCUAUUUUAGUUAAUCAUGGAAUUGCUGCGUACGGACUCGAUGGAGACAAUAUAAGAAGUGGUUUAAACUGCAACCUUGGUUUCAGCAAAGAAGAUAGAAAAGAAAAUAUAAGAAGGGUCGCAGAGGUAGCUAAAUUAUUUGCGGACAGCGGUCAAAUUUGUUUAUGUAGCUUUGUCUCGCCGUUCGAAGAAGAUAGACAAAUGGCAAGACACAUUCAUAAAAUGUCAGAUCUUCCAUUUUUCGAAGUAUUUGUCAAUACGCCUCUUAUCGUAUGCGAAGCUAGGGACACAAAAGGAUUAUAUAAAAAGGCACGUCAAGGGACUAUCAAAGGUUUUACUGGAAUAGAUCAGAUGUACGAAAGACCAGUAAAUCCUGACUUAGUGGUAACCACUGAAAACUGUACCCCAGAAGAAUCAGCUGCGACAGUUAUUGAUCUUCUGGAGAAACAGUGUAUUAUACCGGUACUGCAAAAAUCCACAUCACCAAUACGGGAGUUGUUCAUUCCAGAAUCACGAAUAUCUUCCGCCAAAACAGAAGCCGCUACUCUUCAGAGUUUAGAAAUUAGCGAGAUAGACGUACAAUGGCUCCAGGUUUUAGCAGAAGGUUGGGCUGCACCUCUCACAGGUUUUAUGAGAGAAGAUCAAUAUCUUCAGACUCAACAUUUAAAAUGUCUCCUUCAAGGUGACAAGGAAAUCAGUCAAUCCGUUCCGAUAGUUCUUGCGAUAUGUACAGAGGAUAAGGACCGUUUGGAUGGACUUUCGGCUUUUACAUUGAAACACAAGAAUAAGGCUCUUGCAAUAUUACGUAGGCCAGAAUUUUAUUUUCACAGGAAAGAAGAAAGAUGUGGAUGGCAAUUUGGUACUAACAACUUAGGUCACCCGUAUGUAAAGAUGAUUUACGAAUCGGGAAAUUGGUUGGUAGGCGGCGAUAUAGAAGUUCUCGAAAGAAUUAAAUGGCACGAUGGCCUGGAUAAAUAUAGACUUACACCGAAUGAGAUUCGAACAAAAUGUAAAAAAAUGAAAGCUGAUGCUGUAUUUGCAUUUCAACUUAGAAAUCCUAUACAUAACGGUCAUGCACUAUUAAUGCAAGACACGAGAAAGUGUUUAUUAGAAGAAAGAGGAUUUAAAAAUCCUAUAUUACUCUUACAUCCUUUGGGCGGCUGGACAAAAGAUGACGAUGUACCGUUACGUACAAGAAUUCUUCAACACGAAGCUAUAAUUAACGAAGGUGUUCUAGAUACUAAUUCUACGUUAUUAGCAAUUUUUCCAUCUCCAAUGAUGUAUGCUGGACCAGUCGAGGUACAAUGGCAUGCAAAAGCCAGAAUGAACGCAGGUGCUAACUUUUACAUUGUUGGAAGAGACCCAGCUGGUAUACCACACCCUGACAAAACUGCAGUUCCCGAUGGAAAUCUUUACGAUCCUACUCAUGGUGCUCGAAUUCUUUCGAUAGCUCGAGGAUUGCAAAGUCUAGAAAUUAUACCAUUCAAAGUUGCGGCAUAUGAUAAGAAACAUAAAAGAAUGUCGUUCUUUGACCAAAAACGAAAAGAAGACUUCGAGUUCAUAUCGGGGACAAAAAUGCGCGGAUUAGCAAAAGCAGGUGAAAAUCCACCUGAAGGCUUUAUGUCACCCAAAGCAUGGCUUGUUCUGGCACGAUACUAUCAAAAUCUAGAAAAGUGAAAAGUAUCGUAGGAAUAUUAGAAAUUAUGAAGUAUUCUAAAUUAACACAUUAAAGAUAGUAAAAUUAAUUUUACAACUGUUAUAGGAUAAUAAGUACGAAAAUAUUUAAAAUUAAUGCAGUUUUACUAUUGCUAUACAUUUGUAUCUUUGUACAUUUGUCUUGUACAGCACAUCGAUUUCAAUAUUUAUCUGUGUAUUAAAUAAAAUCAUAUCUAUUUACAA